CCUUACCUCCGCCAUUUUAACUUCCUGCUGCAAAUUGAGACCAGCCAAAAAUUCUGUGUUCGUUCACGGAACGCCACAUCGUUCAACCUUAUUGUUUUUACGUUAUUAUUGAGAGAUUUUUUUUUAWUUGUUGUUGAUUGUUUUUUUUACCUAUCAAAAUUAAAACAAGAAACUCUUUUAGUUAGUUUCUGAUUGCCUGUACAGUUUAGUUUCGGUCGGAGAGUCGCGAUGCCGAGCCACACGCUCCGUGUAGCAGUUGUGUGCUCGAGCAACCAGAACCGCAGUAUGGAAGCGCACAAUAUCCUCAGCAAACGUGGAUUUGACGUGCGAUCAUUUGGGACAGGGUCUCAUGUGAAGCUACCCGGUCCCUCCCCGGAUAAACCUAAUGUGUAUGACUUCAAAACUACUUAUGAACAGAUGUACAACGACUUGGUCCGCAAGGACAAAGAACUAUACACACAGAACGGCAUCCUGCACAUGCUGGACCGGAACAAGCGCAUCAAAGCAAAGCCGGAGCGCUUUCAGCUCUGCAAGGACAAGUUCGAUCUGGUCAUCACCUGUGAAGAGCGAGUCUAUGAUCAAGUGUUGGAGGAUUUGAAUUCAAGAGAGCAGGAAACUUUACAGCCUGUGCAUGUUAUCAAUGUAGAUAUUCAGGACAACCACGAGGAAGCCACGUUAGGCGCCUUCCUCAUCUGUGAGCUGUGUCAAUGUAUCCAGCACACUGACGACAUGGAGAACGAGAUCGAUGAGCUCCUACAAGAAUUUGAGGAUAAAAGCAACAGGCCUUUUCUUCACACUGUUUGCUUCUACUGAUACGCUCAGAUCUUUGCAAUAAACCCACAUCAGGACCCCAAGCAAUCAGGCAACAGAAUAUGGACAAACAGACCUUAUAUUCUAUGGUCAGGAUCUAAAAGAGUGACUGCUGCUGGAAGUACUGGAGGGUGAUGAGCUCAUCCUUAAGAGGAUUGACCUGCUGCUUUCAUUCUGCCUGUAUUUCUCCAGACCGAAUUAUGGUCCCCUCAUUGUUUCCAUCAAAUCACUCAGCCAUGUCUCCUCAGGGAGAGCCGUGACAUCUGCAUCCUAGAUUUAACAGAUCUACAAGUCCCACUUAUUUUAGUUCAUUACUGCAUAUUGGUUUGUUUUUCUUGAUUUAUUACUGUAAUUUUUUCAGUAUUAGUUUCUAAUUUUAAUUUGGGACAGAAUGAACGUGUUUACACAGGAGAAAUAUUAAAUGUACCUAUUGUUUGUGCAACUAUGUGUUGUAGAUAAGUUAGGAUUAAGUUAAACUAGGUUGAGAAUAAACCAAACCGAGACUUUUGUUUUCAAUACGAUGUUUUGAAUCUUAUUUAAAACUGCGUUGGUGUCUUUCAGGGCUUAUAUUUUAUUUUGUAAAUGAAAAUAAUUAAGGCUUUGUAAUUAUUUUUAAACUGCGUGUUCAGUUCUGAGUGCCUGAUUUUUCUGUAUGUAUAUAUAAAUCAACUAAAGAAAAGGCAUCAAACUUU